GGGACACGGCCAGGGAGGAGGGAGGUGCUCACCCCAACUGCCUGAAGCGGUGAGGCCCUGUCGUCAAGUGACCUGGGCCUGGUCCACGUGCAUGUCCCAUGGAGGUUCACCAACCAGACUUGGGGAGGAACUCUAGUGACCACGGACUGGGUUAGAGGAAGCCACAUUGUUGGAGGCUGGCAAGACAUAUCCUCACACGCGCCCGUAAAUCUCUUUCCAAUCCUCAGUUUCCCCUCUGAGAUAAGGAAGCAACAACCACUGCAAGGGGAGCAGAACGGUGGCUGGCGGCUGUGCGGCUGGUGACAUCAUGACAAGUGAGGUGAUUGAGGAUGAGAAACAGUUUUAUUCGAAGGCCAAGACCUACUGGAAGCAGAUCCCGCCCACGGUGGACGGCAUGCUCGGGGGGUAUGGCCACAUCUCCAACAUCGACCUCAACAGCUCCCGGAAGUUUCUGCAGAGGUUUUUAAGGGAAGGCCCAAACAAGACGGGGACUUCCUGUGCCCUGGACUGUGGUGCUGGCAUUGGAAGGAUCACCAAGCGCCUGCUCCUGCCGCUCUUCAGGGUGGUUGACAUGGUCGAUGUGACAGAAGACUUUCUGGCCAAAGCCAAGACCUACCUGGGGGAAGAAGGCAAGAGAGUAAGGAACUACUUCUGCUGUGGGCUGCAGGACUUCAGCCCUGAGCCCAGCUCCUAUGAUGUGAUCUGGAUCCAGUGGGUGAUAGGCCACCUGACGGAUCAGCACCUGGCUGAGUUUCUGCGCCGCUGCAAGCGGGGCCUGCGCCCAAAUGGCAUCAUCGUCAUCAAAGACAACAUGGCCCAGGAGGGUGUGAUCCUGGACGAUGUGGACAGCAGUGUGUGCCGUGACCUCGAGGUGGUCCGACGCAUCGUCCGCAAUGCAGGCCUCAGCCUCCUGGCUGAGGAGCGUCAGGAGAACCUGCCAGAUGAGAUCUAUCAUGUCUACAGCUUAGCCCUGAGAUGAAGCCAUGGCCAGAGCUGGAAGGCCAAGAGACACACCAUUGACUCCAGUGGGAAGGGACAAGCCCCAGGGGAGGUGUGCCCUGGACUGGGGCCAUGCAGCCCCUUCACUCCAAAGCACCCUGGCAACUCCCGACAAGGGCCUAUGGGAAGCUGAGUUGUCACCCAUUGGACUAGCUGCCUAAGGGGAAAGACUCUUCACUUGGUUGCCUAGGACUGCUAUGUUCCAGGACAGCCAGGCAAGCCAUACGUGGUACCUGCCAGACAGGAAGUCACAGCCCCAAAUCCUCUUUGUGAUGGGUCAUAGCAGCCAGCAGCUCCUUGGGAGCUCCUUUCUGAUAGGUAUAUGCAGCCAAUAAAAGGGUGAGCCCUGUUCUCAAGUGCC